GCCACCCAGCCUGAGGGGCCCAGCUUCUGAAGAGCAACAUGGCUGCCAAGGCCCAUGGUCAGCAGGGGUCUUGCCCCACCAUCUCCUCACAAGGCUACGGAGAAUCGCCAGAGAAGGACAGUGCAACUAACUCUAGACCUGCCACCGCAAUGUCGGGGGAGAUGGACAAGCCACUCAUCAGUCGCCGGCUGGUGGACAGUGAUGGCAGUCUGGCUGAGGUCCCCAACAAGUCCCCCAAAGUGGGCAUCCUGGGCAGUGGGGAUUUUGCCCGCUCCCUGGCUACACGCCUGGUGGGCUCUGGCUUCAGCGUGGUGAUAGGCAGCCGUAACCCCAAACGCACAGCUGGCCUCUUCCCCUCCGCAGCCCAAGUGACUUUCCAGGAGGAGGCUGUGAGCUCUCCACAGGUCAUCUUUGUAGCCAUGUUCCGGGAGCACUAUUCCUCACUGUGCAGUCUUAGUGACCAGUUGGCUGGCAAGAUCCUAGUGGAUGUAAGCAACCCCACCGAGAAAGAGCAUCUUCAGCAACAGCAGUCGAACGCCGAGUACCUGGCCUCACUCUUCCCCGCUUGCACUGUGGUCAAGGCCUUCAAUGUCAUCUCUGCCUGGGCCCUGCAGGCUGGCCCAAAGGAUGGGAACAGGCAGGUGCUCAUCUGCAGCGACCAGCUGGAAGCCAAGCACACCAUCUCAGAGAUGGCACGUGCCAUGGGUUUCACACCCCUGGACAUGGGAUCCCUGGCCUCAGCCCGGGAGAUAGAAGCCAUACCCCUGCGCCUCUUCCCUUCCUGGAAGGUGCCCACCCUUCUGGCACUGGGGCUCUUUGUGUUCUUCUAUUCCUACAACUUCAUCCGGGAUGUACUGCAUCCAUACGUGCGGAAGCAUGAGAACAAGUUCUACAAGAUGCCUUUGUCUGUGGUCAACACCACACUACCCUGUGUGGCUUAUGUGCUGCUGUCCCUGGUAUACCUGCCUGGUGUGCUGGCAGCUGCCCUUCAGCUGAGGAGGGGAACCAAGUACCAGCGCUUCCCGGACUGGCUGGACCACUGGCUGCAACAUCGCAAGCAGAUCGGGCUGCUCAGCUUCUUCUUCGGGGUGCUGCAUGCUCUCUACAGCUUUUGCCUUCCCCUGCGCCGCUCCCACCGCUAUGACCUGGUCAAUCUGGCUGUGAAGCAGGUCCUGACCAACAAGAGCCACCUCUGGAUUGAGGAAGAAGUCUGGCGCAUGGAGAUCUACCUCUCCCUGGGUGUGCUGGCCCUGGGUACACUGUCACUGCUGGCUGUCACCUCACUUCCAUCCAUUGCCAACUCACUCAAUUGGAAGGAGUUCAGUUUUGUGCAGUCCUCUCUGGGCUUCGUGGCCCUGAUGCUGACCACGCUGCACACACUCACCUACGGCUGGACCCGGGCCUUUGAGGAAAACCACUACAAGUUCUACCUGCCACCUACGUUCACACUCACACUGUUCCUGCCCUGCGUGAUCAUCCUGGCCAAGGGCCUCUUCUUCCUUCCCUGCCUCGGCCUCAGACUCGCCAAGAUCCGCAGGGGCUGGGAGAAGGAUAGUGCUGUCAAGUUCCUGCUGCCUGCCGAGCACACGCAGCGGGAGAAAACGAGCCACGUGUGAGGCAGGCCCUGGAAAUGGAGACAGGCACAGCUUGUGGGGGGUCCUGAGCUGGGUUCAGGUCUCUUUUCUGGACGCCGCAGUGGAGUGAUGAUAUAUGCAUAGGUGGUUGAGACCCAAAUGUCUGGGAUGCAGGUGAAAGCCAGGAUAUUCAGAACAACACACCACACAAGUGAUACGUAUUCAUAUAUAUUUCAUAUACAAUAGGAUUUGGUAUUAUUCUUACCUAACUAAAAAGGUGGGCCCAUAGAUUUCAACUUAUGUACUUCAAAGCAAGGGCCACACAGUAAACACCAGAUCCCACCCUUGUGACCUUUGCAGAGGCAGGCGCUCACUUGGUGUAAGAAAGAUUUGUAUUGUUGGGUUCUUUAAUCUCAGUUCUCUAUAUUCCCUGUUAGCUACAGCCUGAAGUUGUUGCAGAGCUGGGCCAAGAACUGCCCGGGUGCAGCCUACCCCACAUGGCUGGGCUAAGAAGGAGGCCCAGAGGAGCUAGGUGCAGACCCCCCCUUCCCCUGGGCAUGUGUGGGGAGGCUCACCACGAUGCCCUGGAAUCCAUGCAGGGCCUUUCUGUAGGUCAGUCCUUUCUCCAGGGAAGGGACUGAAGCUGCCCCAUCUGAUCCUAGCUGAGCUGAGGAGAUUGUCCCUCCUCCCCGAAAGUCCAGAGUCACCGUGCAGCCUGCAAAUUGAUCCUUCUGCAAAGGUGUGAAGUCACCUCCUCGCCCGAGCCAUUAAUGAACCUGGUCUUCAGAAGGAUAAUUGUUCUCCCUCCAUUAAGUUGAUGGUGACCCUUCUUUAAACCAUCGUGCCUUCUCACCUUUUCCAUCAUUAGUUUGGACAUCUCCCUGGAAGGCAUGAAGUAGACUCAUAGCAGCCCAAGGUGGCGUGGGUGGGGGCCCCAGGGGGUGGGCACUAGAGCUUUCAGAGAAAAAUCAACCAAACCAUCUCCUUGGAUGCAUCUCAGGGUUCGGGGACUGCCUUCCAUAAAAUUAGUUCCUAAGGAGAAUAACAGGGACCCCUUUCAAUUUACUCUGUUGCCUGUGGGUAGACAGCCCACCUUCUGAGCACCCAGAAACCACAUUGGCUGCAUCCUCCUCCUCUGGGGGUUCCAUAGCCCCCCUUUCCCUUCCUUUUGCCUCUCUCCCUCUCAGUUACAAACACAAAAGUCUGCAAAUAUUGUUUUUUUAUUCUUGAAGAGACCAUAUUCUCAUUUUA